AUCAAAUACAAUGUAAAGUUCUUGUUGUACUAUUGUUUGGUGAUGUUAAUGUCUGCCGUAGCUAUCCCAUACGCUGCACUGAGACCUACAAACUCGAGUAACAUGGAUAACAUCUCAAAAUUCUUUGCAUUUUGCUUACGGAAAUGUUUUGGAUGGGAGAUCAUCAAGAGGGAUGUUGAAAAGAUGAACAAGCAUUCACCCUGUAUUAUAGUAUGCAACCAUCAAAGUUCUCUGGACCUAAUAACCCUAAUGGAGGUAUAUCCAAAGCGUUGCUCCACAUUAGCGAAGAAGGAACUGAUUUGGGCAGGGCCAUUUGGAUUAGGCAGUUGGCUCAGCGGAUUAAUAUUUAUUGACCGUUUAAAUCCUGAAAAAGCCAGGGAUACAAUGACAAAAACUGUUAGAAAAAUUACAAAUGAAAAUAUAAAACUCCUUAUAUUCCCAGAGGGGACUAGGCAUGCUGGGGAAAUGUUGCCCUUUAAAAAGGGGGGAUUCCACUUAGCAGUUCAAGCCCAGAUUCCUAUUGUGCCACUUGUGAUAUCAUCCUACGAACUAUUUUGCAGUAAAAAGCCAAAAAGAUUUGAUGAUGGAAAAGUAAUUGUACAGGCUCUUGAUCCUAUACCUACUGUAGGAAUGACAGCAGAAAAUGUGACUGAGCUAGCUGAAACAACUAGAGACAAAAUGGCGAAGGUUUUUGAAGAAAUAAACAAAGAACUAAAACAAAUGGUCAAGAAAAGCUAGAUUUACAGUAUUCUAAUCAUGUUGGGCAACAUUACAUUUUUGGGGGUUUUAGUUGGAUUUUUCUGAAGGUGCUAAAUGGAAACAUGUACUAGAUAUAGAAACUUUAGAGUGAAAACUUAGAGUAUGUCCAGUCAGAUUUAAUCGAUAUGCCAAAACAAGUUUCGAGAAAAUGUAUGCUCAUCAGUAUUAUCUCUGGUAAUUGAAAUAAUCUGCAAACAUGUACUAUCGCUCUUCCCAGUUUUUCAUUUUUAUUGAGUUGGACAGAAUUUGACUUACCCUGUGGAUUUCACAGGUAUCAUCAAUUCUGAUGAAUUCAGCCUUAUCUCAGUAAUUUCAUGGUUUCUGCUGCCAUUAACCUCUUCAAAAUAUGUUUGCAUAAUACUUUUGAGAGCUUGCCAUUUCAGAAAAUGGUGCAGAAUUUUUUAUUUCCCUUGCAAAAUUCUGUGUAGAUUUUACUUUAACGAGAAGAAAAAUGGAAUGGAUAGAAA